UUCCAAAAUCCCUUGAAAUUAGAUGUUAGUUAUCUGUUGCAGGGAAGGUAGUAACUGCUUAAUCAUUAGCAACGUCCUGUCCUGGUAUUGAGCAGUAAACAUCAUGUCCUUGAACAAGUUGUUAUCAGAGAGUCAGGGUGAAUAUAGAGUAACUUGAAACACGAUGUCAGCGCCGGGGUUUAUAAACUGAUUCAUUUUUGCUAUCUCCUGUAACAAGUGCCUGGUGACACGGCGUACAGCUCAGGUGACUCCGACUAUCAGGACGAGUGAGACGCAGUGUUACCCAGUCCAGUCAAAGACAGAUAUGGCCACGAGAACGCGACAUCAUGAAGUGACGAGACUUAUUGUACAGUAAUUUGGCCGUGUGUAAACCUAAUUGAACUUAGAGUCAUGGCAUCAAAGAAGUUCUACGAAGGCUUCAGUGACAAUUUUCUAACGUGUCACAUCUGUCUUCACGAGUAUGACGACCCGCGUGUCCUCCCAUGCUAUCAUUCUUUCUGCCUGGCUUGCCUUGCCCAACACGUGGCAGCGAGUGGGACAGGACACAACAUCACGUGUCCAGUGUGCCGCCAUGAGGCGCCUGUUCCACCAGGUGGACUGGAGAAACUUGUUCGUAACUUCUUUUUGUUAAAGGCGAAGGACUUCAUGUUGACAACAGAGAGUAAAGACAAAAUGUGCGGGAACUGUCAAUCACAACUUGCCCAAUUUUACUGUCAGGAUUGCAAACACUUUUUUUGUGAGAACUGUCGACAAAAACAGCAUGACGCCAUAAAAUUUCUACAAGGACACACGAUGGUUGCAGUGUCUGAACUUGGUAAUGAAGCCCAGGAAGAAAAGGACGUAACACCAUUUUGCGAUAAGCAUGAAGAAGAACGGUUGAAAUUUUAUUGCACAGAUGACGAAGUUGUUGUAUGUCGUGACUGUAUUCUCCCCAAACACAACAAACACAAUUGUGUAGACGUUGCAGAUGUUGCAAAAGCGCAUAAAGAGAAAAUUAAAAGUGGCUUUAAUGAUCUAUCUAAGAAAAUUUCACUGUUAGAAAUUGCAGAGUUAAAAGUAUCUAAACAACAAAAGGAUGCAAGUGAUGACAAUGACAAAUCUUUGGCCGACAUACAGCAACAAGAGACGGAUAUUAUAAAAGAGGUUCGACGAAUUAGUGGACAGUUGACAUCAGAAGCAAAAGCUCACGCCGCAGCUUACAUGAAAUCCCUCAAAGAUGAGAAAGAUAACCUUGAACUACAGAAAGUAUCCAUUCACGGCACUUGUGAGUUUGCCAAACAGCUCGUCCAAUAUGGCUCCCACACAGAGGUGAUGAUUCACGCUAAAAAUAUCCAAGCAAGGAUAAAAGAACUGAAUAAUGUUGAACCUCCCGUACCUGCAGAGACAACGGGCAUAACUUUUAUUAAAGAAAAACUUCCACGGGACCUUUUUGGUCGUUUGAAAAAGUACAAAUGGCUAAAUACUGCAUCUUUGGUGGGUGAGUUUGAUUCAACGUGGAGCAUAUUUGGGUAUUUAUGGGACAGUGAGGACAGUUUACAGGACAUUUCGUGCAGCCAAAGUGGGACAAUAUAUCUAUGUAUAAGCAAUCUUGGUAAAACUCGCAUGGUUAAACUUAAGGCAAUAUCAAAAUUUCAUAAGGUGAUAUUUCAGGUCAACGUACCAGACCCCAGGGGCGUCACCGUGCUCAGUGAUGACAGACUGGUGGUUACAUGUGAUGAUGGAUGCCGAGUGUAUUCUUCCCCCGGGAAACAUGUCCAAACAUUUGGUCAGGGUGACAAGUCUAACCCCCAGGGUGUUACAGUGGACAACAAUGGACACAUACUUGUCUGUGACAAGAACAAUAAAUGUAUCUGUGUGUAUGACGCUGUGCAGUACAAUCUUAUUAAUAAGAUCGGUGUUCCUAUGUGUGAAGAUCCACGAUACAUUGCAGUGCUCCCAUGUCGUGACACCAUUGUGGUGAGUGACUAUGCUGGACACUGUGUAUAUGGAGUGACCCCACAGAGCGAUGUAGUGUUCAAGUAUGGUACAUCAGGGAAGAGUGGUUUAGGUGAUGGAUACCUGGACCAGCCCACGGGGGUAUGUACAGACAGCUUGGGGCACAUCUUCAUUGCUGACCCAGGGAAUAAUAGGGUGGUUGUUCUGACCUCAGAUGGCCAAUUGUUGAGAUGCAUCGUGGGUCGAGAACAGGUUUCAAAACCACGGUGUGUCACCACCGAUAACAAAGGACAGCUUGUAGUGGGCGAGCUGAAAGGCCAGGUGAAAACAUUUAGCUAUGUUCAUUGACUGCAGUAGAAGUGUAUGACAGACGUUACCAGGCGACAACAUAGAAAAUGAACAAUUGAAGGGGCACUUCGUGAAAGUAAAUAUUUUAAACAUUUGGAACCACAAAGAAAAGUUGUUUUAUUCUAACAGAUGGGAAGAAAAUCAAUUAUUGAAAGAAAAAUGUAGUUGGAAAAACUUGUCAUACGGGGGAGCUGAAAUUCGUUACGUGGUCUUAAAUUCAAUGUUUUAUCCUAUUCAUGUCGUAGUUCAUACGUGACAAAACGAAUGGAAAUUUACUUAUUUUGUUCCGACCUCUUUUAGCACAUUUAUUGUCAGGUUUAAUAUUUGAAUAUUCUAGUUUCAUGUCUAUAUUUCAGCAAUGAUUCUGCUUUGGAUGUUUAUUUGAAAGGAAUAUGAUUUACACAGUGUUAUUCCUCCAUCAUGUUAAGUGUAGUAUCUCCUGCACGUUUUUCUUGUAUUAAUUCUUACAAAUAAAUAAAAUUCAUUUCCCGACAAUUUCGUUUCGACGACUUUCCAGAAGUCUACAGAAAGUAUCAGCGGUCAAAAGC